CCAGGAAUUGUAGUCUUCCCCCGCCCUCGCCGUGAUGCGCGGGGGCGGGGCUAGCGGUUCCGGGUUCCCUCGCGGGCCGGAGCGGCCGUUGGUGCCGGCGCCGCGGCGCAAGGAGCCAUGGCCGGCGCCGAGCGGAAGAAGCACGUUCGGUUCGCCGGCCCGGGGGAGGCGGGCGCUGCCCCAGGGCCAGGGCCGGGGCCGGGGCCAGGGCCGGGGCCAGGGCCGGGGCCGGCGGCGCCGCGCCUCCUCGCCGCCGCCGACCCGUCGCGCGCGGAGGUGGCCGUGGUCGGCGGCAGCUGGCGCAGCGGCCGCGGCAGGGAAGGAGCAGCCCUGCGGUGGUGCAUCUCUGGGGCGCUGUGCGCCGCCUUCCUGGGGCUGGGUAUGAGUAUUGCUGUCCUGGGCCCUACCUUUCAAAAUUUGGCCGACAACGUGAAUAAAAACGUCAGUGACAUUUACUAUAUUUUCGUGGGCCGCUCGCUGGGCUACCUUGGCGGAUCAGUGCUUGGAGGGGUUCUCUUUGACUGCAUGAAUGCGCAUCUUCUCUUAGCAUUAUCCAUGUUUGGAACAACGAUUGGUCUUUAUGGCAUACCUUGGUGUAAGAAAUCCCUGCUGUUAACUGUCUUGAUGUCAGUUAUUGGAGGUUCCAUGGGAAUUCUGGACACAGGUGGCAAUAUACUUGCACUGAAUACAUGGGGAACAGAAGCUGGACCACAUAUGCAGGCCUUACACUUCAGUUUUGCAGUAGGUGCGUUUGUGGCUCCAAUUCUGGCUAAAAUGGCAUUGGGAGGCUCCGUAUCUGAAGACCUUCCAGUAGAGGAAAAGACAAACCAGUCUGUCUUGAAGUCUGUGCCAACAGCAUCAACUACAUCUGCGCUGAAACACCAUCUCGGUGUGGAUUUUUUGUGGUCCUAUGUUGUUAUAGGGACGUGUCUUCUGUUUGUUUCAUUCUUCUUUUUUAUUUUGUAUUCAAGGAGUGGCUCAGCUCGAGACAAAUCAAAGGCGGCUUUGCAGAAACAUGUAACUGCCAAAUACCACUAUGCCCUUAUUUUUCUCCUUUUCAUAUUCUUCUUCUGCUACGUGGGAGCAGAGGUCACUUAUGGCUCUUACAUAUUUACUUAUGCAAAGAUCUUUGCUGAGAUGAAAGAAAAUGAAGCAGCUGCUUUGAAUUCUGUCUUCUGGGGCGCAUUUGCUGCUUGCAGAGGAGUGGCAAUCUGUGGUGCUGCUUGCUUAUACCCAGGCACUCUGAUCGUGUUGAGUAUCAUAGGCUCUGCUGUCUCCUCUUCAUGCCUGGCGUUCUUUGCGAAACACCCAGUUUCACUCUGGGCCGGGACCGCUGUAUAUGGAGCUUCAAUGGCUACCAUCUUUCCCAGCGGCAUUUCCUGGAUAGAACAGUACACUACCAUCGAAGGAAAAUCUGCUUCUUUAUUUGUGGUCGGUGCUGCUCUGGGUGAGAUGUGUAUUCCUGCAGUUGUUGGCUAUCUUCAAGGAAAGUUUCACCAUGUUCCUGUGAUCAUGUACACUGCACUGGGAACUUCUGCAAUGACAGUUAUACUGUUUCCUGUGAUGUACAAAUUAGCCAACUCUCCUGGUGAGGGUGAUUUGAAAGAAAUGGGUGAGAGUGAAGACCGGAAAGCUUUGUUGUCAAACUCUGGACUUAAUGAAGAUGAAGAGGAUGAGGAGGAUGCAGGUGAAUGGAAUGAAGCAGACUUUGAGGUAAUAGAAAUGAAUGAUACACUGAGAAACUCUGUGAUAGAGACCUCCCGUAAGAUACCAGGGGACUCUCCAGCCAAAGUCUCUCUCCAGCCACAUUCAGGUGAUGUAUUAGGUGGUUCUCCAGUGGCUGCUGGUAGCUCCCCUGUGAUAAAAAAUGUGAAUGUUGACCGGGAGAAGAAUGAUUGAGGUUUAAAAAAAAGAGAAAAAAAAAAGCUGACUUUUUCUAAAAAAGGGAAAUGCAAUUGAAUUGUAGCUGUUCUUGUAAAGUGGUUCAAGAAUCUUUUUACAGUGGCGCAGGAUUAUGUGUUUCCACUUCUGUUUGUCCAGUCCUUUCUCUUCUUUCAUUUUCAGUCUGCACCUAUGUAUCUUGGAGUGGGAAAGUCCAUGGUGAUGUGGUUGGGGUAAUGUGAUAAAAUUUCUAGAUGAUACUGAAAAUCUUAAAACAUAAGAGAUGUUUUCUAAAUGUGAGGCAUGCAUUUAAGUAGGUGAUGCUGUAAUGUAAACUAACUUGGAAAACAGGGGACUGUUCAGACCACUUGCAUUUUUGGGUGUGGAUGAAGGGUGCAAUUCUGAGGUGCUUGGUCACAAAACGUUCUCAUCAGAAAUGAGAGAAAUCUAUUAUCUGUGAUUCUGAACUUAUCUCACAAAAGAAGAAUGUUCCUACUGCACUGAAAGUUUGUGUGUGACAUACAUAAACCAGGAAAUCAAGUUAAAUGUCAGGUGAUGUCCAGUGGCCGUAAAUUGGAUAUCCUACAGGCAAACUGCCAGAAAAAUUUCUGGUUCUGUUACAAGACAAAAGGUAUUAAGGAUUAAUUCUUAAGAGUGGAACCCCACUUCUGGGUCAUUUAAAAGCAGUGUAUGGGAAGGGGGACAAAAUUGGUCUCAUGAGUCUGCUAUAAUGCUUAACUCUGAUUUACUAGUUAACCAGUGAUAACACAUCCAACUAGUUUAAAGUCUUUAAUUACUGCACUACCAUUGAAAUCACCAUAUGUAUUAAGAUGAUAAAAUUUAUGUAUAAAUAGAUAACAAUGUAUGGUAUUGACCUAGGAACUUACUAUUUUUAAGCAAGUUGCUCAAAUUAAAACUAUAACAACGUUGCUGGCUUCCUAUGCCAAGACUUUCAUAUAGGGAUGUGUUAAAAUGAAAAUUUGAAAAUAAGAUAGAACUAUUGAUGAGACAAUCCUUUCAGACUGUACUGUACCUCAUCUUGUCCUGUAUGAGUUGGACUGGUGCCAUUUGCUUUUUGUUUCUUUGGAUAAUGACUCACAGGCAGGUUCUUCCCAGAGGAGAAGCAGUGGUUUACAUUUGUGGAUUGAUUGAUUGCUACUAACCAGGAGGAGCUCAGAAGGACUGAUCAUGUCAGUGAGCCCUCCCCAGUAACAGGUUUAAAAAAAAAAAAAAAGCAGCUAAUGGCACAAAUAAAUUUAAAAAAAACCCUGAAUUUGAAACAAGUGUUGCAAUUUGUCUCCUCGAAAACCAAAAUUGUUAGGUUAGUAUUCUUAAAGAUCAGAAUAUGUUAAUGUUUUGUUUUCUUCUUUGCACUUUUCUUAGUAUUUUUCUUGCUAAGAGUUUUAAUUUACUGACAAAAUAGCUUUAAAUGUAACAACACAGAAUCUUAGCUGUUUAGUGUAUUUUCAGUUUUUGUUGUUGUUGUUGUUCUCUCUUGUCCUCUGAGUAUUCAACCUAGAAUAUAAUGACUUCUUGUUGACUUCUGAGAAGUUAAUAAGCAGGAAUCAACUUGCAGUGAAAAGUUUCGUACUUCAAUUUUUUUUUUUGGAACCUUGCAAUGUUGAAGGGUCUCUCCCUCCCUCCCUCGUUGGUAGUUAAAUGCCAUUGCAUAUUUGCCUGUUUGUGUGCUGCAUUUUUUUUUUUUUUUUUUUUUUGGUAAUGGGUGUGUGCAUGCAUAUGCACACUUCUGUGGCAUCUUUUCCAAUGUUAUGCAUGAACCUUUACUUACUUAUAACUACUGUUUUGUUUCACUUGCUAUGUAAGGGUUCUCUUUGCUUAAAGCAGUGGUUUUAAAUAUCAGCCCAAAUCCUGUUUUAGCUAUGUGUGGCUGCAUGUAAUCAACAGGAGUAAGUCUGUACAGACUUAUGUGUUGACUUAGUCUUGGAUAAUAAUAAAUGAAAUGGCAUGGCUAAGAUGCUGACUUAAAUGAGUGUAGAUUAAGACUGCCAUGCUUGAAGUUUUUCUUUUUUCCCUUUUUCCUCUUCUUCCACUCCGUAAUACGCUUUAUAUUUAGAAAAUAGGGAGUGUCCUCUGAUGGUAUGGACAUAUCCUGCUGGGGAGGGGAAGGGACAAGCACUUCUACUCUGCUUUUAUGGGAUUUCCCUCUACCUCAGGGAUGUCACAGAUUAUCUUUUGACAAAAAGUGAGUUCAGUACAGGACAAACAAAAGAAGAUAUAGACAUGGUUCCAAGCCAGCUCUGCUGCUGUGAUUACAAUCCAUAUGCUUUAUAUGAACAGCUAGAGGCCUAACAAUGUGUUUGAGAAGUUAUUACAAGACACCAAGAAUGUUCUAGCUGGAGUAUUUACCAAAAAUAUUUGUAUAAGCUUUGGCUGGAUUUCUAGCCUAAAGUAGAAGGAACUGGAACUAGCGAUUUCAAAGUAGAGCUAUGGUGGCUUCUGUUGGAGAGACUCUUAAGUGAUUUUUUUUUUUAAGUUUCCUUACACCUGAGAUCAUGUUGCCAAAAGAAAAUUACCCACCGGGCAACCAGGAAGACUUCUAAAAAUCCCCAAUUCCUACUCUAAUUCUUUUGAAUGAACUGCCAAAUGGGAAUGUGGUGCAAGCAAGUAUUCUCAGGGAUAGCUAGGAAGUGUUGCAUAAUCAAGUAGUAAAAUGGGAAAUGAAAUUAAAGCCCUGUAAAGAAAUGUGCUCUAACCUCCUUGAACAUAACAUACUGGAAUGUGCUUAUUUGUGUUUGACUAAUGUCUUCUCAACAAAUACAAAAAUACUGUGCAAAACAGACUUUACAGGUUGUAUUAAUUGCUGCAUGAUGCACUUAAAUGCAUAGCUGGAACGUUACUAUUCUUUUUCCUUGAAAUCAUGAGUAGUAGAAAUAAAGCAAUUGUCUGGAAUGCUAAGGUAAGAGUUCUCCUUUACAGCAAUUAAAAGAUCUAAAAAAAUAAUGACAGGAAGACACAGUAGAACUCAAUUAUGUAAUUACCUUGAAUGGUGUCCUAUGGAAUCAUACUUGAACGCUACUCAGAAGCCUUUGUCUGGAUGACUUCUAAAUUUUGAAUUGUCUUGGCCAGCAUGCUAGAAACUGUAAUGUCUUAAUCGUUUCUAGCCUCAAACUGGAAAUGGAAUACAUUUUUAUCACUUGUUCUCCUUACCCUUAAAAGUAUGCUUUUAAUGUCAAAGGGCUGUCCCUUAAUCAAAAUUAUGUACUUUAAGCAAUUUAAGAUUAAAACAGGUCUAUAAGACAUUUCCCAUGAAGACUCGAGUUCAUAGCCGUUAGACAGCCUUGGUGUUCAAAGUAAGGCUGUAACUACUAGAGUUAUUGGAUUCGGGUGUUCCUCAAGGCUUCUUUUAGAAAAUGAAUGUUAGUUUUAAUGUUCAAAUUUUGAAAGUAAAAUUUUUUUUGGCAUAUACAGUUACAAUGAGGAUUUAUUUAGAGUGCCUUUUAAAGAUCCUCUAUGAAACUUAAACACUUAGUUUAAACUAAGUGCUUAGGGUUGGAAUUACUCGAGUAAACCUACCUUCCCAUUGCCUUGAUUAUGCUAGAAAAACAUCAAUACAGAAAGUCAUCUAUGCAUUGAGGACGAGACCUGUGAUCAAUGGCGUAGUUACUGAAUUCAAUAAGAUUUAUGCUUUUGUCUAUAUAUAAAAACAGGAAUGGGUUUAACAUGCCCAUUUACUCAAGUGUUAAAGGUAACCUUUUACAAUGGUGAGUCAAUUUUUUUUUUUUUUUUUUUUUUAAUACCUGAAGCACUGUCAAAUGCGGGAUUGUACUGCAAGCACUGAGGAGUUAGUCCUGCCCUUUGCACUUUUAUUCUAUAAAUGACCUUACAAUGCUAGAAUGCAGAAGUUGGCAACGUUUGGUGCCUUGAUGGUUUUUAAUUACUCUGCAUAAAGCUCAUAGCAAUUGGUGUAUGUCCUAUUGUAUAGUAAUAGUUUUUAUUCUGCUUGGUGUGGGUUUACAUUGUACUGUAUAAUGUGAAAUUUAAUAGACUGACUUGUUUCUUGAAUGUAAUAAAUUCUUAAUUGGAAAA